AUGGCCCCCAUUGCCACUGAGUGCCACGGGAAGUCCUUCCACCGCGUCGACCAUCUCCUCAGUGCGGUGGAGAGUGAGCUCCAGGCGGGGAGUGAGAAGGGCGACCCCACGGAGAGGGAGCUCACCGUCUCCCUGGAUGAUAAUGAACUCUGGAAAAGGUUUAAGGACCUCACUAAUGAAAUGAUAGUCACCAAGAACGGCAGGCGCAUGUUUCCCGUUCUUAAAGCCAACUUGUCCGGACUGGACCCGAACGCCAUGUAUUCCGUUCUGCUGGACUUCGUCCCUGCGGACAACCAUAGGUGGAAAUACAUGAACGGGGAGUGGGUCCCGGGAGGGAAGCCUGAGCCUCCCACUCCGAGCUGCGUAUCCAUCCAUCCAGACUCGCCAAACUUCGGUGCGCACUGGAUGAAAGCGGCCGUGUCGUUCAGCAAAGUCAAACUCACCAAUAAACUCAACGGAGGCGGGCAGAUCAUGCUAAAUUCUUUACACAAGUACGAACCACGUCUUCACAUAGUGCGCGUUGGAGGUCCACGGAGAAUGAUCACCAGUCACUCGUUUCCCGAGACCCAAUUUAUCGCUGUGACGGCCUACCAGAACGAGGAGAUCACUGCUCUUAAAAUCAAAUAUAACCCGUUCGCUAAGGCCUUCUUGGAUGCAAAAGAAAGAAGCGAUCACAAAGAUAUUCUAGAAGAUGAAAAUCAACAAUCAUCGUAUUCCCAGUUGAGCGGCUGGUUCAUCCCGGGACCGGGCCCCCUCCGCCCUCCUGCCGCUAACCCCCAUCACCAGGGUGAAGGUCCCCUCUCCGCCUCCACCCUCCAUGGCUGUCAGAGCUACUCCAGCCUGAGGCACCAUCGCUCCACGCCGUACGGCAGCCCCUACACCCAUCGCGUCGGCUCCCCAACCGGUUAUUCUGAAGACUCUGCUGCCUGUGUGUCCCUGCUGACCGGCCAUGACCACAGCUGGCCCGGUGGACGCAUGCCCCCCCAUCCCUGCAUGGGGCCCAUGUCCCACGGUCACCUCUCAGCCACCGGCUCCAGUCAGUAUCCUAGCCUGUGGCCUAGCAAUCACCAUUCGUCCCUGGCCCUGGCGAACCACACCGGGGGAAUGACCGGUGGCCACUACGCCGACGUCUCACACUGCGCGGCAGCGCCCUCUGGUGGCUCCCCGGUGUAUGACGGCGGCACUGUUGCCGAAGUGCACGACAGCACACAGUAUGACGUCUCUCUGCACGGUGGCCUACCGUCUGCCUGGACGCACAUUUCCCCUCCUUCCCUCUGAUGGUAGAGCAUGUUCUCUACACAUGUUCUGGUUCUUUAUAUCUGCUUUUAGUCUUUUCCCUGUUUGCUUUUGAAUCUUCUUAUUCAUUAAAGGUGAGGUAACUGCCCUACUACGGACCAUGUUACUCACGUCCACUCAAGUUCAGCGCUUCAUAACAACAGUGCUAACCUACUGGAAAUGUAGAUGCAUCGAAUGGCAGGGCCGACCACAUCAAGAGGAUCCAGGACCUCCUGAAUGAGUCCUUUGUGCGUGUUGCUAAAUGUUGUGUGACUCAACCAAUGACAGCUGCUGGCUGUCCGAUCCCCAUGUUGGUCUCCAGAUGUUAACCUAACCCUUAAAGAUGAAUCUA